GGGGCUAGGACAAAUCACAAUGCGGAACCAUCGCACCUUAUUGCAUUCAGUAUGUUUUACUGGCCACGUUAUGUAUAUAAUACGUUAUGAUUCACCUUCAUGUCAAUCUAGUUCUUCUGCUUGUCGGUAUCGGUCCUACUGAAAUAAAGGGCUCCAAGUUCUCUAGGAAGGGUUUCAUCCACACCGAGAAACAUGGAAGUCAAAAAUUUUUCCGAAAAAGAUUUUGUGAUGUUUGUUAACAAUGGUAAUUACAGCACAGUGAAAAAACAAUUGAAGUCUGGUGCGGAUCCAAAUAUAUACGACGAGGAAGGAAAUCCACUUCUUUUCCUUCCCAUCAUCAAUGGAGAUGAUGAAAUGUUGGAUAUUCUUUUGUCUUUUGAGACCUGCAACAUUAACAUUCUAAGCCAUGAUCUUCGGACACCAUUACUGAUUGCUGUAGAACUGAAUGAUCUAGAAUUUGUAAAGAGUCUUGUGAAAUCAGGAGCAAACAUAGAUUGCACGGAUAGCUCCGGAAAGACCCCGCUGUUGUUAGCGCUAGAGGAGGGACGAUUUGAGAUUGCAGAAUAUCUGAUAAAGAAGGGAUGCAACGUCAACGCUGUGGAUGGGCUGGGGCAAAGCGCUCUCCAGUUUGUGGCUAACAGUAGUCACAGCCACUGUAUCAGAAUGGUGGACAAAAUUCUCAAAAAUGGUUUUAAUUUGGAAGACAACAACGAAUGGAUACCGGCAGCAGAUGUGAAAUCACGAACAUUAGGACGUAAAACUAAGAUCCCUAAGGUUAUGCGAACUUUCAGCAUGCGAGUGAAAAAUUUCCCUAGUUUCCGGAAGGUCAAACCAAACACCCCCAAGACCUGAUUCAAUAGAUGAAAGAGAUCCAUUUCAUCAAAGCAUGACAUAAAGUGCAAGAGUUCUACCAAAUCAGGAAAAAAAACGGUGAAAUAAAAACCCCGUAGUUCUCCCAUUCCCAGUAGGCACGUAAGCGGCGAAAGGCUGCCCAUGUUAGAUCAUUAAUUCCCAUCACCUGACAAGUGGUUAGAAACCUGGGUUAUGCAUUCACAUAUAACUCGUAAAAUCACAUCACAACGAGAUGCAGGAUAUGCAUCAGAAACCACGGAUGACUCGUGUUUUAUUUUUUGUAGUUUACCACAGAGUGAGAACAGAGAUUAAUAAAUGACACGAAAUA